GAAACCUCACCUUGCCUUGUUUGGAAAGAGAAAGACAAACAGAAACAGGCUGCCAUAUCCUGACAUUCAAACACUGGCUUACACUCAAAUACUUAGUCCAAGUGAUCAGAAUUGGUUGCGAAAAGAUGUGCUGAGCUGCAGGCGUAUUAUCUCAUCUCAUCAUCAACCACGUUCUGAGCCAGAUACAGGAAAUGCUUAUUUUUCAGUGUGACAGCGUCUUCCAAGCAGCUAUCAGUAUGAACAAGAGAAAAUGGCAAAGAAAGACAAGUGAGACGAAGAUGCUUCCUAACGGUCGAUGUUUGUCUGUCAUCACACUUGUUUUUACAAUUGAGUGCAUGUUGACACAUGUGAGAGGAAAUGACCUGGAAAGCAAUGAUGAACCAGAUGCUACGUAUGCUCUGAUUGGAGCAGGAAUUGGGCUCUUCUUUGCCAUAUGUUUUAUUGGCAGCAAGCUCUACAUUAUAAAAAAACACAUGCUUGAUAUCGAAGCUUCAGAGGAAUCCGUAAAAAACCCAUCUCAUCAAACUGCUUUUGUGGACAUGAAGGACUUAAGAAGAGUAAGCGAUGGAUGAAGUGACAAGGACACCAAAGAAUUCUGAGGAUAAAUGGAAAUGUUUUGGGCAUGGAAAUGUAAAUAACAAAUGCAUGAUGUGUGAGUUGGAAGUGUCUAUAAACAUGUGAAAGUGGAGUCUAGACAUUAGUGUUUGGGUCUGCCUGUGGUCAAGGAUAGCUAUACAGUAUACUGUAGCCUGGGCAAAGGCCUGGACUACAUGCGGCCUGUGGAAUCAUGCUUAGAUCACAUAAAGAAUUUGCGAUGGUAAAAAAAAAAAACAUAGUUGUUAUUCAAAUUAAAAGUCCAAUGAAUAGUCGCCUUUGUAUAAUGCUUUAACUCCCUCCGCUUGGGGGACAUUUAUUUUGAAGGCAUGUAAUAAAUAAGGAUCUGCAUGAGGACAGACAGUGACUGACAGGCUCCCACACACACGUCACAGUUACAAAUAGUAGCUAGCUAGAAAUUUGCUCAAAAAUGCAUUUUUCAAAAAUGUAAAAGAAAAGGAAAGUAGACCAUGAGCGUAGGGUGUUCCAGCAAGAGUGGACAUCGAAAUAUUUCUUUAUUGACGUAUCAGGGAACGCUGUGUGCUUAGUGUGCAAAGACAGCACUUCCAGACAAAGCAUGCAGAGAAAUAUAGGAAUAUGUCUUCUAAGCAGAAGGCAAGUGCAUCGAAAGAGUUGCUUUCUCAGUUGCAAAAGCAGCAAGGACUUUUCACAAAACUGCAUUCAGCAAACGACGGAAUUGCGAGAGCUAGCUAUGUACUGUCCCACAAAAUUGCUAGACAUAGCAAGCCAUUCGCCCCGGGGGCGAGUUCAUUAAAUCAUUUUUAAUUGACUCUGCAGCAAUACUUUGCCCAGACAAGAAAGAGCUGUUUGAAAAUAUUUCCCUGUCAAGACGAACAUUGACCCGGUGUGUUGAGGACAUCGCAGGGAAUAUGGCACAACAGUUGAAAUACAAGGCCAAGGAUUUUCACCUAUUUCCCCGUGGCCCUGGAUGACAGCAGUGAUGCACGUGACACGGGGCAGUUGUUGAUAUUCUCCCGAGGCUUAAACCCCAUACUUUGAAAUUACAGAGGAGCCUGCUUCAGUGCAACCGCGGGGAAAGAUUUAUUGGGGGAGGUUAAUAAGUGUGUGGCAAAGCUGGGACUGAGUUUUGAAAAGUUCUCCAGCAUGACCACUGAUGGGUGCCCAAACCUGACAGGAAAAAAACAUUGGCCUUUUGAAAAGUACACAAGAUCAAGUAGCUGAGCUGAACCCAGAUCAGAUCAUUAUUUUCCUGCAUUGCAUUAUUCAUCAGGAGGUGCUCUGGCAAUGUGUUUUGAAAAUGAGCCAAGUUGUGGAUAUUGUUACUAAAGUGGGAAUGAGAGCAACAUCUUUAAACCACAGGCAGUUUGUCACACUGAGAAGGGUGUGGAACCUGAAGUCGGGGGAUUGCUGAGUUUUUGCAAAUGAAAGGAGGAACAUAUGUGGAUUUCCCUCAACUGCAAGAUAAAGAAUGGUUGACUGAUUUUGUCUUCACCGUGCACAUCAUGGCCCUCAUGAAUGAAUUGAAUUCCAAACUACAAGGGAAGGGCCUUUUUGCACAUCAGAUGUACAGCCUUGUCAAAGCCUUCAAGGGAAAAUUACUCUUCCUGACCUGCCGAGUAGAUGCCAACAAUCUCACCCACCUUCCCGAAACUACUAGUCUGUUUCCUAUCAGAUGACCAGCGGGAGAAGUAUACAUCGCUGCUGCUGCGUGCUUUGAACGAAGUGUGCCAGGCCAUCAAUGCCACCAUCACCCCGUUCCCCUUCACGGUGGCCCAGGAGGGCGAGAACAUCACCCUGACCUGCCAGGUGUCCCAGAGACGACGCUCCAGCAGCCUGCCCGUGGUUAAAUGGACCUUCCGGCCCGAGCAUUCUUCCAGCGACGAAGAGCUCCUCAUCGCCAAGGUCAACAUGAGAAAGGCCAGGUUCUAUGGGAACUAUACAAAGAGCUUCCCCUGGCCUAAGCUGAAACUGACAGUGGUCAAGCAGGGGAGGAUUUUCGACCUGCUCAUUAUGAACAUCUCAGCGGAGGACCGAGGUCUCUACAUAUGCCGGGUGCAGGAGUUCAAGAGGCACCAGAGCCGAUGGAAGGCGUCAACGAACUGCACGGCCGCCACCGAGCUCCGAGUACAUGUCCUACCAGUGACCAAGGCCAAGGAGAGUCUGUGGAGUCUGUUUGAAGACAUGUACCUGUGCGCUGCGCUGAUCUGCUCUGUGGGACUGGUGUGCAUGUGCAUGUUCACCGUGGUGGUGACCUGCCAAUAUGUCCAGAGGAAGAGGUUAAAAGGAUGUGUUUCCCCAUCAUGCUCCAACGUUUCGUCUCAUUGUCUUACAGACAGCUACCAUUUGGUCAAGAGCCCUCAGAACAGUUCAGGGGAGACGGUGACCAGUCUAGUCAGUGUGUCUCCUGCCCUGCCCAAAAAGCAGAGGAGGUACAGGAGGAAACGUAGCAAAGAGCAGUCCGAGAUACCACCAGAGAUACCAGCUAAAGCACCCAUUGCAGACAAAAUCCGAAAACCCAAACUUUUAAAGGCACAGCCGAGGAAAGUGGUCUUACCGAAGAUUGCAGAGGAAAGCCUGACUUAUGCAGAGCUGGAGCUGGUCAGGCCUCUGCCGGACAACAAAGCCUCGUGCACAGGCACAGUAUAUGCCGAGAUCUUCUUUAAGGAGAGGCAAGUGUGAGAAACACACCACUAAUAUCUUUAGGCUGUAGCUCAUGUACAUGUUAUAUUUAUGAUCAGUAUUAUUGUUUCAUAUUGUGUAUUUCAGUCAACGGUGGGAAGUCGCUUUUCUUUACAAAGUCCAAAUUAGAUGAGAUACAAAUGUGUUUAGUAUUUUGAAAAUGUUGAAUUUUUAUUUUACACGAGACAUCUUAUAUUCUUUUUUUUUUUUAUAUGUUUUUUAAUGUUCAACCCAAAUGCCUUAUCCCCCAAAAACACUGUCAUGUUCCGCUAUGUAAUUACCGCAGUACUUCAGCUGCAAAGCUUGACAUUAAAGGCAACAAUUAGCCACCUGCCCUCAGGAGAUAAGUUUGUGCUAUCACGCCAGCGCUUUCAACUGGUGCCAAAGUCAACGGGCUCUUGGGACACACUGUACCCAGAGCUGUGAUCAGCUUGUGAUGGAGCAAUUUAACAGGCUGCAAACUAAAGGCCUUGUUUGGUUUCCCUUGUUAUAUAGCACCAGUGAACACCUCUCACCUGAAGAUUACAUAGCACAUCGUUAAUGAAGGUUGUUUUGUUUGUAGUUUUUGUAAGAACUACGCCAAUGACCAAAUGCCAUAUCAGUAUCUCUCAACAGCUGAGAUUUGUCUUAUGGUUUGAACUUUUCCGUGAAUAUAAGUGUGUGUAAAAAUGCUUAGUGAAUUGUUUUCGCUGUUUAAUGACCCCUUGGAUUGAACCAUGGAAAAGCGAGCAAAACACCCGGAUUUUCUUUCUCCCCCAGUGAACUUGAAACGCCAGACAUCUAGGCACCAUAACCAUGCCCUCCCCCCAUCUUUCUCCCUCUAUCAUACAUGCAGAUCUAUAUAUCUAUAAUCCCCAGAGUGGGAUUGUGCAUUGAGACGAUUCCACACGCAGGAGAAACCAAAUCUCUCCCCACAUACAUUGACCACAGCGAACUCUAUCUAAAUCCAUCGAUACAAAUCUACACAAUGACUCAAAGUAAACCUCCGGGGGUGAGAGAAACUUUAGAGAACCUUUUUUAAACUGUGAGAAAAAAAUGAAAGUCUCCUCCAAACCACAUUGGACUUAAUGGGAGGCCACUGCAUAUGGACCACUAACUAGAACCAUGUGUGAACGCUGAACUCUGCCCUUUUCCUCUGCCGUUUGUUUCAAGCAGAGAGUGCCGUCCUCUGCACUCAUUAACAUUCCGCUCCAUUCCAGUUGGAGCUCCCGUGUUGUUGAUGUUGUUGUUGUUUUGCAAUUGAAUUGACAUACGAGCGUUUGUGCAUGUCAUGUAUCAUGUGUGAAUCAUGUGCUGUGUAAACAUCGAGCGGAUAUGUACGGUCAGUGGUUGUUUAAUCACGUGUUUUCCUUGUGCUUUCUUUCAAACCUCCGUAGGAUAUCACAUCAGUGAAAAGUCAAUGACAAUUCACGAUGCUGUGAGGAAAAACGGAAAAAAUAAACAAGUAGGAGUAGAAGACAAAUUAGA